UUCUAUCCUUUGUAACUCGACGGAUGAAGAUUAAAACCACACGAACGAUCAAAUAUAUACAAAAUAUUGAUAAAAGUAUGUUUUGAUAUAAUAGAACAAAGGAAAAGAAACCCGGCCAACAUAUCAAAGACCAUCGCCAUUUCUCUUUUUACCAAUCUAUAUUUAUCAGAUAACAUUCUGCGGGUUUCUUUUACCAUCUCCUAAUCGAAGUUCAAUUGGACUAAUUGAAUCUGAGGCGCAAAAGAGGCGAAAACCAAUUAGAGUAACGAGGCUAUAACGAAGCACUUAAGCCCCCUAAGUUAAUGACGCUCCCACAUUUCCAUUUAAGCAUGCAAAAUAAGAAGUGAAAUACAACCGCAGGCUCAAAUCAGGAUAAACCUUCCGCUUUUACUAAAAAGCACAAUCCUCAUUUUAGGAAACGCACAUCAAUAUCAAGACCAUAACUUUUUCCGUUAUCACAUUGGAAAUGCAGAACUCAAAACUGGACUUCAAAGGAGCAGCAAGAGCUGCAGUUGUCGCGUCGACCACUAAAACGAGUGCUGCUCGACGGAACAACGCUGCUGGAGCAGGAGGCACUCCGCGUCAGCCCAGCGACAACUUGCUCACCAAACUUGACGAAAAGGACAAAGCGCGGCAGAAAUACAAGCGGAUCCUGGCAGUUAUUCUCUACUUGAUCAGUGUCUCAAUGGGGGCUAUCAUUUUAGGCAUAUACUACUCUCUUAUUUGGGAACACACGUGGGAUGUUGAGGUGGUGAGAGCCACCAAUAACAACUCAACUGACAGUGGAAGCAACGUCGAAGUUACCCAAGUCGAAGCAUGAAAAGGAGUCGAGGACAACACGCCACGUUCCUAAACACGAAAUUUAUCAACUCCGUGCCAGCUAAAGACAAUUUACCCUUCUUUAUAAACAAAUAGAAAUAGAAUGAAUUGGCUAUUUAUUUUCGAAUUAAAAGAUAAUGAUCCAA